GUCCGUACAAGAUGAGCAGUUUUCCACGGGGAUACGCCUUGAUUCUGAAUAAUACGGAGUUCAACAAAUUACCCAAUCGACGAGGUGGUGAUGUUGACCUGCACAACAUGAAAGCUUUGCUCGAGGGCCUGUCAUUUGAAACCUACAUAUUGCAGAACAUGACAGCACAGACGAUAAGGGACGAAAUCCGGGCAUUUUCUAAGCGAGAGAAGCAUGGGAAAAUGGACAGUUGCAUAGUAGUGCUGAUGUCAAAUGGAACAAAAGAUACCAUCUUUGGAACGGACGGAGAACUCGUGCAUUUGGACGACAUCUUGACCAUGUUUGACAACGAGAACUGCCCUCACCUGAAAGGGAAGCCAAAGCUGUUCUUCAUACAAGCUACUGUUGGAGGAAAGGUGGGAAAAGGGUGUAGCUGUACCUGAAGAUGAAGAUGACAGCCCAAGGACGGCGAUGUUCCCAACCAGGCUCGACAUGGUCUGUUUCUAUGCAAUGCAGUUAGGGCACGUGUCCUUUAGGAACACAAUGAGUGGCAGUUGGUUCAUUCAGACCAUUACCAAAGUCUUCAUGCAGUACGCCAAGGACAACAGCCUACUCGAGAUGAUGACAAAGG